AUGAAGCUCUCUAGUCUCGAGGCGUGGUAUCAGGCAUAUAUCGCAGAGGACGACAACGCCACUGGCGUAGACUCAGCCGUCGUCCAGGCUGUCAAGUCCGACUACCUCGAUGACGAUCUGGUCAAUUCACGUGUUCAAAGUCUCCGGGCAACGGCAUGCGUCGAGCAAGGUUUCUGCCAUCAGUGCAAGCAUCUUCUUGAACAUUGGCCGGGCCUUCCCAGAGAUGUGUUGCGGGCUCAUCGAAUUGCGCGGGUCCUGGAGACGGAAGAGGUCGAGGCAGCAGCCCUCGAAGGCUGCAGGUUUUGCACAUUCAUCUUCUACCGGCUGAAUUUUCAGGGUCUUCUCAGAACAUUUCGAAGAAUUGAGGCACGACUUCGGAGGCUUGGGCUCCCUGCAACAGCCUCUCUAGCCGUCCAGAACUGGACAGAGCUCGACUUCACCCCUCAGCUGCUGUGGGUCAAUUUUCCUGGAAAUAGUGCGAGCGAGUACGGGUCCCAGGGGCGGAAUCCUCACAUUUCGAGUCACAUGUCAUAUCACCCCCUCUGUACGCUGAA